AUGUCAUUCCCUGUGGAUAUAUUGAACAGUUGCAGUCAUGAGGAGUUGGAGAGCUCAGCAGAGAUCUGCCUCUUUCGGCUUCGGUGGAGGAAUCCAAUGUUUCCUGAAUUCUUUUCUCUGCCAGACCACCGCAAGGUUCCUAUUAGCUUGACAUCUGUGGGCUUGGUUCCUCUUUAUGGUGAAGAGGACACGCACAAAGUUCUUGCCCUGUUUGCACCAUGGGACUCACUCACAGCUGUAGCCCUGUAUCUUGCUGACCAGUGGUGGUCAAUUGAUGACAUUGUGAGAACAUCUGUCCCUGCUAGACAGGGGCUUCAUCAGGUGAAGUCUGUUGGAGAGAGAGUUGUUCUCUAUGUUCUGAAUAGAAUUAUCUAUCGAACGCAAGAAAUGGAAAAAAAUGAGACCCCAUUUCUCUGCCAUGGUAGCAGCCACUAUGCUAAGAUCAUGUGGAAAAAAGGAGAGGCUAUUGGGUUCUAUUCCGUUAAGCCGACAGGAAGUGUUGGUAGCUAUCCUCUUCAUCAGAAGUAUAAGUUGCCAGUGCUAGACACAAUGUUUGUUAGAAAGAAACAUCGUGGGAAAGACUUUGGUCUAAUUAUGUUGGAAGACUUUGUGGAUUCCUUUAAUGAGGAGCCUCUUGGCCUACGAUAUCCACUAUCAUCCUUCCUCUAUACAGCUUGUAAGCAGUACCUCGAGAAGUACCCUGGGGAUAAAAACCUUUUGUGGCAAGUGGAGGGAGCAGGAGAUUGGUACCAGAGAAAGUCUAUGAUGUCUAUAGUGCAAAAGGAGGAUAUCACAAUUGCCGCAGAGGCCUCAAUGAAGGAAAAUAAGAAUUUGCAAGCAGAGGAUAAUUUUUGUCAGUCUGCGGUAUCUGAAGCAAGUGGACCAAGGACUGAGGUUGAAACACAGCUAAGUGCUGACUCUCAAAAAGGUAAAGAAUCCACAGAUGCCCAUGCAAGCACAUCUGAAGACCCUAAUGUAGCUACUGUUUCCAUCUGGACACGAAGCAGUCAUUUAAAACGUCAGAGGAUAAAUAAAAAUAGACAAGAACCUGGACUUGAAACUUUUCAACGAGAUGAGGAAAAUGCUCUUCAAGUGUCUAGAAGCAGGAUGGAACUUCAUGCCCAAAUAUCUGAAAGCUCUGAAGACUUAGUAGAAGCACCUAAGGUGGAUACUGUUGAGAAGGAUGAGGAAAUAAUUGAUGAAAAUGAGGGGCAGCCUGUACUAGAAGCGGAAAUGCAUGUAUUGCCCUCUGAGAAACAAAGUGAGAUGGAGGAAAUGCCAUCAGAACCUCUUAAUGGUGAGGUAGCAGAAGAAACUGGUAAGACCUCACUCAUGGCUGAAGGGGAAACAGUAGAUGAAGUUCCAAGUGGUGAUUCAAAAUUGCUGUCUGAGAAUCAAGGAAAAGAACCCGUAACAAUGUUUGCUCCAUUAACCCUUGAUGCUCCAGCAAAACCUCCAGAAGACACUGAAUCAGAAAAGGUUUUAAAUGAAAAUGAUUCAGAAAUGCUGACUGAGGAAGUUACAUCAGUAGAGAAGGAGGGCACUGAAGAACAGCAAGAGUCUGAAAAGGUCGGCACUGAAAAUGCAACUGCUUUGGCAUCAAAAGAAGAGCCUUCUGACAAUGGCCUGCCCAACUCUGUGGUAACUGAGGCAGCAGAAGAAUCUGUUUCUGAAAACUUGCCUUCCUCUUUAGAAGAUCAAAAUGAGGAGGCAGGGCACAACUCGCAGGACACCCCUUCUGCCUUGAGUCAGAGCUCUUUGGUAAUGGCUGAACUUGAGGGUGUUUCUUUUCAGCAGCCUUCUGGACAGGAAGCACAGAAGAACCAGUUGGAAGAGCCCUCAGAAGAGUCUGCGGAGCAGACGGAUCACUACACACAGGCAGUGGCUGAAAGGGCUGCUGACAGCAGCUCUGAGGAAGCAGAAAUUGAGGUACCCAUUGUAGAUCGGAGAAACUUGCGAAGAAAGGCUAAAGGCUACAAAGGUCCACCCAAGAAAAAAGGAAAGCCUGCUUAAAAAUCAAAUAGUGAUAAAUUAUCUAUUUGUAACAAGGCUAUUUUAUGUAAAACAUUUGGGUGUAACUGCACCAUAUCUGACACAGGACACACAUGUUUUAAAUUCUGGGUUGUAUUUCCUCUUCGGUUCAUCACCUUUCCUCAAGUUUUGGUUUGUUUGCUUUUUAAAUUUAACAACUAGAAAUUUAACUUCAUCAUAGAAAGUAAGUAGUCAGUCUCCUCCCUUCAUAAAGGAUACAUGUUGAAUAAAUAAAGUUAUCAGUGCUAUCAAAGACAAUGUUUUGUAUAUGAGGUGGUAGCCAUGGAAGAAAAAUGCAGUGUGAAAUCCUGGCUCUGUCAAGGUUCCUUGAAUUACUAUAG